AUGCCGAGCCACAGCCACCAGCCAGACAAGGUCACCGAGGAGUGGCCUGUGAGCGCAAGGGCGUCCUUCGCACAGGAGCCAUCCGAUUGCUCGGUGGUGGCCGGCCAGCCAGUCACGCUCAUGUGCGUGGUAGCUAACUACUCGGGCAUUGUGCAGUGGACCAAGGACGGGCUGGCCCUGGGUGCCGAGCAUCAUCUGCCAGGUUGGCCGCGCUACUCCAUCGUGGGCAGCAUGCAGGGCGGCGAGCACAACCUGCAGGUGUCACGCGCCGAGCUCGCCGACGACGCCGUCUACGAGUGCCAGGCCACGCAGGCCGCGUUGCGGUCCCGGCCGGCACACCUCACCGUGCUGAUCCCCCCCGACGAGCCGACGAUCGAGAACGGGCCGAUGGUACAACUCAAGGCGGGAACGCCGUACAACCUGACGUGUCGCGCCGAGCGCGCCAAACCCGCGGCCAUGAUCACCUGGUACCGUGACGGCACCCUGCAGGACGGCGCUCACUACAGCAAGAUGAUCCUGGAUGACGGCAAGCGGGAGAGCGCCAUGAGCAAGCUGCUCAUCACGCCCAGCGACGGCGACAUCGGCCGCACAUUUUCCUGCCGCGCUUCCAACGCCGCAGCGCCCGACGGGAAGCAGACUUCCGUGAAGCUCAACGUGCAGCACCCGCCAACUGUGAGGCUAUCAGUGCACCCGCAGCCCGUGCAGGAGGGAGAGACCGUGAAAUUCACGUGUUCCGCCACUGCCAACCCUGACAUCACCGGAUACCGCUGGGCCAAGGGGGGAGCACUGAUCGAAGGCGCGACGGAGAACACGUACGAGACGACCGUGGACUACUCCUACUUCACCGAGCCGGUGUCGUGCGAGGUGCACAACGCCGUGGGGAGCACCAACGUCACCACGCUGGUCGACGUUUACUUCGGGCCACGGAUCGUGACGGAGCCACAGCCGCAGACCGUGGACCGGGGCUCCGACGCCACCUUCACGUGCGCCUGGUCGGGAAACCCUCCGCUGACCCUCGCCUGGACACGCAAGGGCUCCAACGUGGUGUUGAGUAACAGCAACAUGCUGCUCCUGAAAGGCGUGACUCAAGACGACACUGGCCGCUAUGUGUGCAAGGCCAUUGUUCCACGCAUUGGCGUCGGCGAGAAAGAAGUCAUGCUGAACGUUAAUGGACCACCCAUCAUAUCUAGUGACCUUCUGCAGCACGCGCUGCGCGGAGAGAAAGGCCGGGUGGAGUGCUUCAUCGGCAGCACACCACCUCCGGACCGCAUCGCGUGGGCAUGGAAGGAGAACGUGCUGGAGGUCGGCACGUACGAGCGCUACACGGUGGAGACGGUGAGCCGCGUGGACGGGGUUCUCUCCACGCUCACCAUCACCAACGUCAUGGAAGGGGACUUCCAGACCGCCUACAACUGCACGGCCUGGAAUGGCUUCGGCUCCGACACAGAGAUAUUCACGCUGCGGGAGAAAGAGGUGCUGUCGCAGGGCAUCGUGAUUGGCGCCGGCGUGAGCGCUGCUGUCGUACUAAUCAUCGCCGCCGUCGCAGUCAUCAUCUUCUGCUGCCGCCAGCGACGCAGAACCAAGAAGGACAUCAAGAUCUGCAAGCACGACCCCAAGGUGGAGAUCGUCCACAAGGAUUUUGACCAAAUUCGCAAGGAGAUGUCCGAGGAAGACAUAAAGCUGCCCGUCAUGAACGGCGACCAGAAGUUCAACUACUACCCGGCGUACUCCGAUGAGACCGACACGAAAACCGAGCAAACGACAGAACCCAGCGUGAGCCAGGAUGAAGCCGACUACAAGGACCUCAAGGACCCGACAAACGGCUACUACAACGUGCGGGCGCACGAGGAGCAGUCGACCACUCGCAACGCCUUCUCCGAGUUCCGCCCGCUGGCGCGGCCCCUCUACGAGCCGCGUCCCCCCUCGCGUCUCUCGCACGCCAGCGGGUACGCCCACCUGGGCGCGUACCCUGCGCGCCCCUACGACUACGAGCAGGCGGGCGGCUUCGAGCCGCCGCAGCAGCCGGACGGCGCCGUCGCCGCGUCCGCCGCCGCGGGCCUCGGCUCCGGGGGAGUGGCGGCGCGGCCGCCUUUCGGCGCUCACGCCCAGACGGGCGUCUACGGCGGCUCCGUCUACGCCCCGGCCUCCUCCUCCUCCUCCACGGCCGCGGCGGCCGCGGUCGGCAUGGCCGGCCCGUUCGGCGUGGGCGGAAGCGCCGGCGGCGUCGCUGGGAGCGGGGUCGGCGUGUACGCCUACGGGCGCGUGCCGGCGUUCGAGGGCGCCGGCGACACGCUGGACCAGGCGAGCAAGCACUCGCUGUCCUCCCGCUUCUCGUACGCGUCGCAGCACUCCGACUUCACGGCGCGCCCGCUGCAGCAGCGCAUGCAGACGCACGUAUGACGGAGGCGGCGCCGCGCGGUGCAACGGUAAACCCAACGUCCUCGCAGAGGGGUUGUUGGGUUGGGUUUUUUUUGUUCGUUUGGAGGGGGUGGCGGCCGUGGGACGGAAGGAAGCUCAGAAAACGGCGU